AGCCCUCUCUCACUCUUCAAGAUCUCACCUUCAACGCUCAAAAUCCAAAGCUAACAGUAAAACCCACAGCCCAUCGCUGAAGCUCUGCUCCAGAUUUCAACUUGAAUGGCUGUCUCUCGCAGCAGAAAAGGCAAGUUAAUCUUCUCGUUAACUCUUUCUUUACUCCUCGCAGAUUUGUCUUGUUUCCCACCUCUUUUUUGCGUUGUCCUCGCAUCACAAGAAUCCGACCCCUCUCUAAAUUCCAACUCAGUAAUUGAAACCGACACCAAAAAUGACAUCCCUUUUAGGAUAAAGGACAACCCUUUAGCGGAAACUUGUGUUGAUCACAAUUUGUUAAGCAAUCACCACUUCCAAUUGGAGAAACUUCAAGAAUUGGUCCAAAACCUCACCCAGCUUGUUGAUAGGUUAGAAUCCCGGCUUUCUGAUGAUUUGGAAAGUAAAAAGAUUCAAUCUUUAUCGCCACACGGUAAUGAAAUCUGUAUUGAGAAAAUUAAGGAAGAGGAUGGUUUGGGGUUAGGAGGUGGGGAGGAGUUGGAGCCGACGAUAGUGACUAAGUAUAACACAUUUUGGGUUGAGAAGUUUCAGUUUGUAUCGGCUGUUAAGUUGAGUUCGAGCCCUACUUGUAUUAAUAUGUUGCCAAAUAAGGAUUUUGAGGGUUUGAGCAAGUACUUUGCUGUUGGGGAUGAUAAGGGAAAGUUGUACUUGUUUUUGAGGAGUGGAGAGGUUGCCUUAGAGUUCGAGGCCUUCCCCGAGGGGGAGAAGCCCUCGCCAAUUUCUGUCGUUGUCUCUUACUUGUCGCUUCACAAGAACGAGACUAUGAUUGUCACGGGCCAUGAAAAUGGCGCUAUUGUGAUGCAUCGGGUGUGGGAGAUGUUGAGUGGUGAUGAAUGGAGCUCUCUUCAUGUGGAGCGAGUAGGGAAGUUUGAGAUCCCGGAGUCUUGGGGUUUGCGGAUUAGCAUUGUGGAGGUUCACUAUGUUGGGAGGAGGAGGUACGUUUUGGCAGUAGACAAGGGUGGGAAGAUCAUGGUGUUUAAGGAGGAUGGGACGUUGUAUGGUACUGCUACGCCUAGUAAACGGCCUGUUGCGUUUUUGAAGCAGCGUAUGUUGUUUCUUACGGAUACUGGUGCGGGCUCAUUGGACUUGAGGACGAUGAAGCUUAAGGAGAUAGAAUGCGAGGGUUUGAACAGCUCUUUUGCUAAGAGUUAUGUUUUUGAUGCCACGGACCGGUCGAAGGCCUAUGGGCUGACGGGGGAAGGGGACUUUGUUCAGAUUUUUCUGCUAGGCGACGUGAUGAACUUCAAGUGUCGGGUGAGGUCAAAGAGGAAGCUGGACAUCGAUGAGCCUCUGGCCUUGCAUGCGAUCAAAGGCUAUGUAUUGAUUGCUAACAGGGACAAGGUUUAUGUGUACAACGUCUCGUCUCAGCAAUAUGUCCGCGCUGGUGGGCUUCGCCUCUUGUUCUCUGCCGGCCUUGAUGAGAUCAUCGCGCCUUUCCUAAACCAGCAACAGAUCACGGAGAAGAAAACAGGCGUGCCCUUGAUCACCAGUGACUACGAGAAGCUCAUGGUCCUCAGCCUUGGAAACGGAUACGUAGCCAUGUAUCGUUCCAAUCUCCCCUCGUUCAAGAACGAGCUCAACAGCAUCCUGUGGACGAGCCCAGUCAUGUUUUUCGUCCUCUUCCUCUUUGGAGCUUGGCAUUGUUUCGCGAACAAGAAGGAGGCGCUCACCUCUUGGGGCCCCGAUGACCCCUUCACCUCAGCAUCCGUCACCAGUGGAGCUCCGUUAGGUUCAGCCACAGGCGACAGAGACAGAUCCUUCACGGAGUCUUCAAGAAGCUCUGAAAUCAUGGAGCUGAAAGGCAGUGGUCUGAGAGGCUCAUCGCGGUAUGUCUCUCCACCGCGGUAUUCCGGUGGAGCAACCAAUCCAUACAGGCCAGGUGGCGCUGACACGGAUUCUAGACCCGCCCCGAAUCACUACAGGCCUAGCACCGACACGGAUUCUAAGCCUGUAACGAAUCACUACAGACCUAGUCUUGAUACAGAUGCUAGACCUUCGCCCGUUGACCCUCGUUUCAGAGCAGGAGAAAUGAAGUAUCAGGGGUCGAAAGUCGAAGCUCAGGCUGUUCCGAUGAGAAGGGAAACAACCUCUUUGUAAUUAGCCAAGUAGUGGAUGAUAGCAACUGAGGUUUACCUCUGCACUUGGCUCUAUCAUUUGUAUUACAUUAUAUCGAACAAAAAAAAAUUGGCAAAUUUGAGUGGA